AUGUGUGAUGGCAUGGACGCAUUCCCCCCAUUCAGUACGUGUGUUAUAGAUCUAUCUCACAACCAACUUAAAGGCAGAAUUCCAAGUUUACUCUUUGGAGAGUAUAUCUAUCUUGGUUCAAACAGUUUGACAGGCCCACCACCCCAAUUGUCUUCGAGUGCCAUUGAAGUAGAUCUUUCCAAUAAUUUAUUGAAAGGAUCGCUUUCACCCUUGAUAUGCAGAAGAAUUGAUGGAGAAAAUUCAUUGGUAAUAUUGGAUCUAUCAGGAAACCUUCUGUCAGGAGAACUUCCUGACUGUUGGGAGAAUUGGAAAGGAUUGGCAUUGUUAAAUUUGGGGGACAAUGAGUUUACAGGACCUGUACCUACCUCCAUGGGUUCUCUAAGGCACCUCUUCUCUUUGCACUUGCACAACAACUACCUCUCGGGAAUGUUUCCAUCUUUGGAAAAUUGUACCCAUUUAAUGAUUAUAGACCUUAGUGAGAAUGGAUUCUCCGGAAGUGUGCCAAUGUGGAUAGGAAACAAUCUAUACAAUCUUGUGGUUCUAGCCCUUAGUUCGAAUAACUUCAAUGGCAGCAUUCCUUUAGAACUCUGCCACCUUGAUUAUCUUCAAAUCUUAGACCUUGGAAACAAUGGUCUCUCGGGCAAUAUACCAAGAUGCUUUGCAUGGUUGGCUGUAAAAAGGAUAAGGAAUGAGUAUAACUAUACUCUUGGCCUCCUAACUGGCAUAGACCUCUCAAGCAAUAAGUUAUCUGGUGAGAUUCCUGAAGAAGUAACAGCCCUCCACAGUUUGAUAUUCUUGAACCUCUCUGAAAAUCAUCUUGAAGGAAAAAUUCCAAUAGAGAUUGGAUCCAUGAAAUCAUUGGAGUCUCUCGAUCUCUCCAUGAACAAGCUUUCUGGCGUUAUUCCUCAAAGCAAAAUCCCAUCAGGCACCCAAAUCCAAGGCUUCAGUCCUCUUAGCUUCAUUGGCAAUCAUGAGCUCUACGGGCCUCCACUUACCAAUACUCGCAGUGAAGAAGUUAUAGCAGAAGGGACACAAGACCAGACUGAUGAAGACGACAGUGGAUGGAUUGAUAUUAAGUGGUUCUAUGCCAGCAUGCCAUUGGGAUUCGCUGUGGGUUUUUGGGCGGUUUUGGGGCCAUUAGCAGUCAACAGAGCUUGGAACUAUGCUUAUUUUAAAUUCAUGGAUGACAUGAUCAUCAACAAAUUUUUGGGAUGGUGUUUGUAG